AUGGCGGAACCCGUGAUAGCGAAACCGCGGAGGUCGACGGCAGCAGCAGUUUUAGGUGUCGAAACGCUGUCGGCAUUCAUGCUGACGCGUGAGGAAACCGCAACAACAGCUGCCAGCACGUCUGUCUCCGCUGGUGCAGUUCCAACAACCCACGUUCUGCGAGAUGACGCUCCGGCCUCGGUGGUGCUGUCACGCUGGAGUGGCAGCCUGAGUCCAGGAAAGCUUCAGCAGAGCCUAAGAACGGAAUCCAACGACCUGAAGGACGAUAAAGGUGGAGAGACGGGAAGAGAAUGCUCCACCGAGCGUCGUCAGCGAAACGUAGUGGUUCAGCACAGCCCUAUCAAGGCAGAUAGUGGAAGCCAUCACAGGCGCACGACCCGCGCAAACCUGCCUAAUGGAAAUGCGCCGUAUCUCUCCCCUCCAGUGUCGGGAAUGCGCGAGACGUCUCUGAUGCCCCACAGCGCGGCGAAGCAGCCGUUUUUUUCUAACAUGAUACACCGCGCCGAAAACGUGCAGCUGCAUCGACUUUGUGAAGGGUUAUUUGCUGACUCGCAAAAAAAAGGCGACAAGAAUGGUGGUAGAUGUACAGCGAGGCGGCGCUUUCAAAAGAACAAUGUAGAAGUAGACUUGGAAGGUGAUGGGGGGAAGGAUGCUGCCCCCACCACUACCCUUCACUCCCCUCUGUCGUUGCUGCGGCUGAUAGACCUCGAGCGCCCCAACAGCAAGGGCGGGCAGCUGAGCGUUCGCCCCAGUGCCGCCAGGACAAAGCAUGCGCGGGUGCAGCACAAGGUGGUGAAUCUCUCUCUCUGCAAGUACCCCCUUCUCCGCGCCAUCGCCGAGGAGAAAGGGUUCAAGACACAAGAGUCAGAGGAGGAGUUGGAGAAGAAUCAGUUCAACCUUGUAUGGUCCGAUACCGUGCUCCCACUCACACGUCUGGUACGGUUGGCGAGCUGGCAACGCACCAAUCACUUCCCUGCCAUGCACCUGUUGUGUCGUAAAGGGCAUUUGGGCAUCACGCUUGGCCGGAUGCGGAAGUUGUUUCCCACGCAUUACACAUUCUACCCGCGGACGUGGUCACUGCGUAGUGAGCGGCACCAGUUCCAACGUUUUAUGAUGGCACUGCGAAACAAGAAGGUGCCGAAGUUUUUUAUCAUGAAGCCGAACGCGGGGUGCCAAGGAAGAGGCAUACUUAUCACACGGGACCCGCUGAAUGCGGUGGAUGACGUCGACAAUUAUAUUGUGCAAGAGUACAUCGCAAGGCCGAUUCUACUCGAGGAGCGCAAGUUCGAUCUCCGCGUGUACGUUCUGCUAACGUCUAUUCGCGCACCAUCCAUAUUUCUUUUCAAUGACGGACUCGUUCGUCUCUGUGCAGAACCGUACGAAAAGCCAACCGAUAGCAAUGCUCGCAAUACAUGUAAGCACCUAACAAACUACGCCGUCAACAAGCAUAGCCCAGAGUACGUGUUUAACGACAAUGCUGACAGUGGCAAUGUUGGCAACAAGCGCAAUUUUAAAUUCCUGAAUGAAUGGCUAGAUUCCUCGGGAAACUCCUCGGAGGUCUUCUGGUCGCGCGUCGCACAUGUCAUAUGCAAGACCAUUCUUGUUGCGCAACCACAGAUUGCCAACGUCUACAACUCAUGCUUUCCGCGGCAGAAUGACGGCUACAACUGCUUCGAAGUUCUCGGCUUCGACAUUCUCAUCGACCACCAGAUGAAACCCUGGUUGAUGGAAGUAAACCACACGCCGUCGUUCGCCACCGAUACUCCACUUGACUAUGAAAUCAAGCAUGCCCUCCUCGAGGAGGUGUUGGAUAUCAUUGAUGUUCGAGCGACAGAUCGGAGACGCGGCGAGAAGAAGGAACGAGAAGAAUUUGUGCAGCGUGUGAUGCGGAAGCCGGUAGGCAUGGCAGCAUCGGCGCACAGGGGUGGUGGUGGUGGUGGUGGUGCCUCUGAAGUGAUGAGCUCAUCACCCAGCACCUCUUCCUUGUUCCAGGUGCAGCAACCAUACAUGUCGACAACUGGAAGCAUGGGAACACUGGAGCAGGCGGCAGAGUUUGCAAAGUUAAUUGAGGAGCGCCGCGCCCACGAGGAUUCAAAGCUUUGCGGCUUCAGGCGCAUAUAUCCCACCCAGGAUGCGGAGCACCAGCUCGUGUAUGACGCUGUCCUUUCCCAGGCCUGUGCUCAGUGCACGUCACCACAGCCGAGUUGGAUGAGCUCGCCCACGCCCUCUUCACCUCAGGUCUCUGAUGAGCGCCACCGUCGCAUGGACAACACGCCAGGGAGCUUCGCCCUGCCGCAGCGUCUCCCGACAUCAGCGGCGUCAACCGAUGCAGGGGUGGCAAUAUCAUCACCCCACAACAGCUCGGUCACAUCCAAUCUCUCCAGGGGGAUGCAGAUGCAGAAACUCCGUGAAGAAAUGACGCACAGUCGGCGCAACGGCAAACCGGCGCCGCGGGUGAGGCCCGUCGUCAGCAGCGCCGUCCGCGAGCGGAGCGGAGGCGCCACGGGCCACGACAACAGCUACACUGUGGAGGUGCCGCCACCGCCGCCGCCGCCACAACUCUCCUCGUCUUCAGUUCAUGCAGGAGCUGUAGAGCCGGCACCGGAGCAGAAGCGCCCGAUCCUCGAGCGUCUGUGUAUUCUGCCGGAUGCAGACAACCAGCCACCGAAGGUACACGUUAUCGUUGCGAAGCUGACGCCUGUUAGCACGAAGCCCGCACCACCCGAUCACUCAACCUCCACGGCAGAGCGCAUUGAGGAGCUGCGAAACCUUCAGGAGCAGCUUGAACACGAAGCGGAAUGUGAGUUGUCGCAACUGCAAGGUAGCGAUGGUGAAGAUUCAUUCACAUUGGGUGAAUAA